CUAGAAUCGCGGUUUUGCAAAAUGAACAACGCACUAAUUCAAUUUCAAUUGAAUUCUUUUUGGAUUCUGUAUCGAAAUUUUAUCUAGCUACUGUCACUGUUAAUCGCAAGCCUGCCAGCCCACGCGUAUCCUCUUUCUAGAGGAACUCGAAGGGUGGCUGAUGAAGGGAUGGCUAAUCCAAGGCUUCCUGUUCGUCCGAUGCCGGCUUUCUUCCCUGCUUUUCCAGUCAAUCCAGAUCAUCAAGUCAAUCCUACGCAUGAACUCGAGCCUGCUCAUCAAACCAAUCCAGGCCAUCCAGUCGAUCCUGCACGUGCAAUUGAGCCUGCUCAUCUUAUCAUUCCAGGUCAUCCAGUCGAUCCUGCGCAUGCAUUUGCACCUGCUCGUCCAGUUGAUGUAGGUCAUCCAGUCAAGUUUGUGCAUACACUCGAGCCUGCUCAACCUGUCAAUCCAGAUCAUCCAGUCGAGCCUGCUCAUCAAGUCAAUCCAGAUCAUCCAGUUGAGCCUGCUCAUCCAAUAGAGCCAGCUUAUCCAGUCAAUCCUGCUAAUGCAAUCGGGCCUGCCCAUCAACUCCAUUUUGGAUAUCAAGUCGAGCGUGCUCAUCAAAUUAUUCACUAGCAGCACAUCCUCAUGUGGAUGAUCGCCAACAAGUUGCCCGAAGAGGCAGGGAGGCAUUGUUAGCUCGAUUAAUUCCAGCUGGCCUGGUUGGAGCACCUCAACUUGAUGGGCAAGACGGGAUUCUUGCACGUGAUGAGCUUGUGCAUGCUGUACAUCAACUGAAUGUAGAAAGGCAUAUCGUACGUGACGUGAAUGCUGGACUUGACGGACGAGCUGAUGCCGGGAAAGAUACGCAACGUGCUGGAAAGGGCAUCAUAGUGGAAUAAAACAAAAACAAUGUUUAUCACAUCCGUUCAAAAGAAUGAUUAGUACGUGUACCCAAUUUUCUUUCAUCCGCCCAGACAUUUUAAGAGAGAACGAAGCAUACGUUUCUUUACGAAAAAAUCCCGAUCCGAUUUCUACAUUAAGUAGCAUUUCUAAUAAAGCAUCACUUAACUUAUUUCGUCUUACAGUUAAAAUUAGGGAAGCUUGACUAAACAGUCUCGAAAAAAUAGCACGAAAAAAUAGCACGUUGCCAUA